AUGGACGCCAGCCACAACAACCACGCCGGGCAAUGGGAUCCCAACUCCUUUGCGGCAGAGAAUCCAUGGGAACAACAGUUCGCCUUCACUCCUGAGCAUGGGCACGAAAAUGUGUAUCACAACCCUGGUGCUUUCAUUGACCCUCCACAGCAGGUCAACCCGCAGCUGGCUGGUCAUGACACGCAAACAAAUGCUUAUGGCCACUACGACUACUACCCUCAGAGUGAGGCAUGGACUGGGCCUAGCCCUGCAUCUGCCCCUUAUGCUCAGGAGCCAUUGACCCAGGAACAUUAUGCACCUGCCCAGCAGCACCCACAGCACCACCACCAACAACCACCACAACAACAACAGCAGCACCCAUAUGGCAACCAUCGCACAAUUGACAGCCGGUUCGCUCUUGUUGACCUCCCACAAGAGAACGAAUACUCGAACCACCAUAUUCAGAUUCCCGAGAGGCAAGAAGUAGUUCAAGGUGGUUUUGCCCAUGGCGCUGUUCCCCCCAGGCAACAGUCGGCAGAUGGCUAUCUUCAGGGACAUGUCUCAGAGCAAUGGCAGAGGGUACCAAUGGCGAGCUCAGGCUAUGCUACGAAUGGAGAGUACCAAAAUCCCUUAGCGAUGCCACAAGCUGUAAAUCACCAACAACCGGUUGUACAUCAAUCACAGCAGCCGCCUCAGCAUCAGCCGCAACAUGUCAGUCAGCAGCACCCACAACUUCAGCGGCAACAACAGCCAUCGCAACCGCAAUUACAUCUACCGCAGCCGCAGCAGCAGCAGCAGCAGCCGCCACAACAAAGGCAGACGCCCACGCCCAUUCAAUACCAGGCUGGCCAUGGCCCAGUCCAGGGAGGGCUCACGAGCUACCACCAUGUCCAGGGUCACCAUACCCCCGAGCCCCAGCCAAAUCAAGCUCACUUUAUGCAAACUGUUAACGGGCAACAUAUUCAAAACCGCGCUUCUGUUGCACAAAUCCCCGCGCAGCGAGCCACGGCCAGCCCCAGCCCACUAAGUCAUACACCAAUUCAAAGCGCACCUAUACAGCAGAAGCCUGCCCAACCACCGGUGCCGCAACCUAUCCAACCUAAAAUUGCUCCACGUUCCAUGGCCCAGCCUGCAGUGCAACAGAUGGUGCAGACGCCCGCUCAUCAGACUGCUCAACCAUCACAGUCGACACCACAGCCUACGCCGCAGCCCACACCGCAACCUCAUGGACAGACCAUUUCGCAAGCCCCUCAACAUCAGACAAUACCACAAGGGUUUGUCCAACAUCAGCAGCCUAGCCAACCUCAAGCCUUUCAAGUUCCGAUCUCACAGUCCCAGCCCGUUCAGAUCCAACCGUUCCAGGCCCCGGCGCAGGAACGGGUGGUUCAGGCUCAGGCUACACAACAGACUGUUCAGUCUCCCCAAAAUAAUGUGAUCUCGGGCGUAAAGCGACCUGGUGAUGUGCAGGAGAUGCAAACCCUUGCCAAGAAACCGAAGGUGGUACAACCAGCCUCCAGUAUCGCGAAUCCCCAAGUCAUUAGCUUCGCAAAUAAUAACUCGGCGAACCCUGGCUUCGUACCGGAUGUAAAUGGGCAAGGCGAUGGUGGCGAUGUUGCCGGUCUUUUCAUCGUAGAUGAGGAUUUGAUUGACAAGGCAAUUGAAACACCGGGUUGCACUGUCCCAGGAGUGCCGCAUCUCGUCAUCGAUGAAUCUCCGGUGCAGCUCAAGAAGGGACCACCAACUAAGCGUUUCGUGACCAUCGUGGCGAAAGCGGGCAAAGACCCUCUAUUCCCUGGUCUUGAACGUGGCUGGACUCCUGCUGAGUCUCUCAGCAACCAUGCCGAAGCAUAUCAAACUGCCAAAGAGGUGCUGGACCGCCAGAGAGCAGAUAUCAGGCUUGACAUUGAGAUGAAACGAGCAAAGACUGAGAUGCCGGCCGACUGGUGGAAGAAGCUCUCCAAGGGUGAACUUGGAACGGAUGCUAAGCAGCGAGGAUCGCCUCCGCCCGAGCCUACCCUGACAGCCGUGAAAGCAUCCGAGCUGCUUCGCCUCCAUCCAGCUCACAAGAAAAACAGGAAGGUGAUUGUACACACGAGUAACGAAUUCGGUGCAUUUGUUGCAGAUAAGAUUGCUGCUCUAAGGGCUGCACCAGCAUUUGAGAAGCUUGUCAAAGAUGUUAAGAACAAGGGAAAGGGUUCUGCUACCCUCAAGCCUGCUGCAGUUGAGACUCUGAAGCAGUCUCUCCAGCCGUUCAAAACGGAGCUUGAAGCAGCCAUUGUUGAGGGACUCAAAGUCGGAGACCCAAUAAUCCUGCGGAUGGUGGGUGAAAGGGGUAUACUGCCCGUUCGUCUACUCAAUCUUCUGAUCCAACUCUUCAACCUUGGCGAGGCUACCUCAUCGUUGGCCAAGGCCGCUCUUCGCCUCUUUGGUUGCUUUACAAGCCUUACGCCAGAGCAACUUGAGGCUUGGAAAUUCCAAACCACAAAAGGCAAGCUUGAGGGGCUGGGUGAUCCUGAGAUCAAUGAGUUGGUCGCAACUAUCAUUGCAAAUGCCGAAAAGAACGCUGGGAAGGAAAGUCCUGCGGCCAAGUCAAAGAAAGAGGCUAGCAGCGAUGCUAAGAAAACUCCUGCCAAGACAACAGUCUCAACAACCAAGAGAGCUCGUGAGGAUGAUACCAAUGGUGAUGCACGCACGGCCAAGAAGCCUUCUACAGAUGGUAAGCCUCGGGUGACGGCCACCUCGAAGUCUACUAGCGAUGUCAAAGCCCCAUCUCCUGGUUCAAAGACGCCUCCAACUACAGCCAAACCAGCUCUUAAAACAUCGGCUACCACACCUGCUACGACCGCGUCCAAACCCCGUGCUUCUUAUCUGCUUCCUGGCAAGGCCCGCCCAUCAGCAAAGCCAGUCCCAAAACCAGAGCCUUCAAAGGCCGAACCAGCGAAACCGCUGGUCAAGGCAGCUUCUGCAAAACCAUCUACCGCGCUGUCUGCGAUAAAAUCCAAUGCCCCUCAGGCGGUAUCCUCAGCUGGCAACUCGGCGAAGGCAACAAAGCCCAAGGAAGAGCCACCGACCAGCUCUAGGUUUGCGGCACUCAUGGAUGAGAUUGCUGCACCCAGGAAGGUGAUAGCAGACGCAACACCUCCGGCGGAGUCCGCCCCUGACCCGAAUGAGACGGAAGAACAGAGGAGGCGCCGCUUGCGGAAGGAGGAGCGGAGGAGAAAGAACAUGAGGGUCGUUUUCAAGAGCGACGACCAACUAUGCCAGAUCAAGGAGUACACCCUAUUUCCUGAAGAGAUGGGCCACCGCCAGUCUCGCGAUGUCCGAUCAGAUAGCAAGGACAAGCGUGAAGGCAUGGCACUCAAAAAGGGCCAUGCGGGUGAGCUUCGCCCUUGGGAGGAGCCCAACUCGGUUGAUCUGGAAGUUCUUUCGGAGGAGGUGCGCAAGGAAAGCUAUGUCACCAUGGGUGGCGUGAAGACUUUCCGCACCGAACAACAGGCGUUCAUGGACGAUCGGGAAGCCAAGGAGCUCAUGGUCAUUUACACAGACCCAUCGGAUAUUCCGCCUACGCCUAAGUCGCCUGCUUACGAGCCUUCGCUUGAUGACGGCUCCGGGUCUGAUGUUCAGCUGCCUGCAGGUCUGGAGUAUGAUGAGCUUCGUCGCAGAGCUACCGAUUUGAAGAACUUUGGUGCUCACCGUUCAGUUUAUGAGGCCAAGGCUCGGCUGGAGACUCAGUCGAGCCCAGGCUUUGCUGACUUCACCGAGACGAUGAAGUCGCUUAACUCGAUCACCGGCCCGUAUGCCGGGUAUCCUAUCCCUGUACAGCAACCAACCGCCGUGCACGUGGCGCCCGUUGCUGCGGCUAGGCCUGAGGGCAUUCCGCCUAUCAUCGUGCCUGUCACAAACGAGCCGCCGGAGGUUCGUGAUCAGCGAACGUACGAGCUCAUUUCCUCUGAAAGGGUCCGGUACUACCGUGAUCCGGAGCCUUACGAUCCUGCACGUCCCAAGACAUAUGUUAAGCGGACAGUCCCUGAAGUCAAGCAACAACCUGUUCCGGCAGUUCCUGUUGUGCCGGCUCAAGCUUCAGCUCCAGCUCAGGCUGCUCAACCAGCGGCAGCCCCGGUAGACUACAGCGCAGCCUGGGCACAGUAUUACGCCCAGCAAGCUCAGCAAGGACAGCAGCCGGAUGCGAAUGCCCUUCAACAACAGCAGGCUUGGUAUGCUCAACAACAGCAACAACAGCAGCAGCCAGGCGCCUUUGGUGCCUACCAACAACAGAUGGCUCAGCUCGCUGCUCAAGGCGUCGAUUUAAGUACCAUCUUGCCUGCUCUCGCAAGCCAACCCAACGCCAACCCCCAACAAGCCGCCGAGAUCCAAGCCCUCAUCGCCACCCUAGCAAGCGGUGGUCAACAACAACCCAACCAGCCCGCCGACCGUCAAAUGACCGAGUACCUCACCUCUCUUAUGAAUUGGGCAGGCGGCGUUCCUCACACUCAACCUGCCGCCCAGCACGGCGGUUACGACCCCUAUCAAGCUGGUCAAGCCUAUGAUCACAACGCUCGUGACAGCCGUGAUCGCGACCCUAACUCUCGCGACCGCGACAGCAGUGGUUGGGACCAGCAGCCGCACCACGGAGGCCGCGAAAACUUCCGCGAACGUAACGACAGUCGUGAUGGCGGACGUGACGGACGUGAUCAACAACAGCAACAAGGACAUCAUCGCGGCGAUAAGCCCCACUGGAAGAACAAAAAGAACCGCGGUGAUCGUAACGGCGAUGAAGUGCCGGAUCAUCUCAGGGGCAUUAACCGCAGUCUGAUUGGCACGAAGCAGUGCACGUUUUGGGCGCAGGGAAAGUGUGCGAAGGGUGACAAGUGCACUUUUAGGCAUGAUUGAGGGGAGUUGCAGAAGCGGUUAUAAACUUGAUUGUGCAUCAUUGAGGAGAGAGCAUGGGGUGGCGCAAGGGUUCAAGGAAUGAGGAAUGGAUUUUGGGAUGACUUUCAGCAUAUUAGAAUGAGAGUCACUAGAGGAACGAGAAA